AUGGACUAUUUUCUGACUCUAAAAAAAUCUGCAGGAACGACAAACGGAAAACGGGAAUGCCUUAAUUAUUGCGAAGAACGUCCACUUCGCAUAAAAAAACCACCUGCUUACUUUGAGAUUUUGGAAACUUCGACGAAGGGGGCACUUGGACUGCAAACCUACGCUUACAACCCUGACAUUAUUCCCGACACAUAUCCGUACACCAUGCCACACAGCAUACCAUACAACAUACCAACAGCAGUCCGCAAGUCAUUCCCACUCCUGCUUAUAUUCCUCUUCCUGAUGUCCUUCCCCCUUCCAUCCUAUUCCCAAAAUCCCCUCCCUCAACCCUACGACUCGACCCUCAAUUAUAAUCUCACAACAUCCUGCGUCAGCUUCUUUAAAUCAUUCAAAUCCGAUCCUAAUUUCCAGAAAUGCAAUUCAUUCGGCUUUCUCGUUCUCAGUUCAAACACAUUUCUAACCAUCUCACGGAACGCUUCUCAAAUACCUCCCUUAAUGGACCAAAUAUGCGCACCAGGGAAUUCAAUGGAUAAAUGCAAAGCAGAUUUUGCAAACUUUGCAGAGCAGAUGACACUAGCAAGCAAUUGUCGAACGGAUCUGCAGGACGUGAACCCCAUUGCUAGUCAGGCUUACGUAUCGUUUAUGUCUUACGAGCCAUUGCAGAUUGCUGGAUGUUCGAAGAACACCAAUGGAACAUAUUGCUACGUCAGCGCAUUGUAUAAUAAAAGAGGAAUAAAGCUGUUUCUUUUACCGAGUGGCUCGGCGAUACCACAAGACCAGGAGCUCGCUUGUACAGAAUGCAACCAGAAAAUUCUCAAUACCUAUGCGACCUAUGAUACCGAUAAUACACUACCGCUUUAUCAAGUUUUCCCUCAAGUACGAGAUCAAGUGAAUCAACAGUGCGGAAAAGACUGGGUCAAUUCGCCUGCGAACCUAGUAACUAGUUCUAUAGGGAAAGUCGAAGUUGGUAGUAUACUCGUGAAAGUUUUAAUUGGCGUGGUAGGGUUAUUGAUCGCGAGUGGGUGA